AUGGCAUCCAAAAGACGCCUCUCUUCCGAGAAGUGCGCGAUUUCUCGCGAUGCACAAGAGACGGCGGGUGCGAAACUGCAGGACCUGCGAACGAGGAUCCAAGAACGCGAGAAAGCUCAUCUCAUACGCGUCGCCGAGCAUCUAAAUACCACCAAAUCCUAUCCAGAGCGUCCUAGAGAGCAAGCUUCGAAAAAUCGAGGUGGCGGGCCAACCAACAUCUGGGGUUAUGAAACUCCCGAGCCAGAACAACGCCCGUCCGAGCCAGAGUCGGAUGUUCCCAAGAAGGCUUCACCGGAGUGUCCUAGUAUCGCGAUCCAGGAGGCACCUGUUGCUGUACCUAGCACACCCAUCCAAGCAAAUCUCGGAGACGCAACGCGUAAGCCUUCGCGAACGAUCCUAGACUACUUCCGGCCCGUUUCGUUGAGGAAUCCCAAGAAGUCGAUCCGAUAUUUCUUCGCGCCAUUUUCAGCGGUGCACAAGGAGAACUCAAGUCGUGCCGCCGAAGACGUUGAUCAGUCUGACGAUGACAGUAUGGACUUUCAGCCUUUCACAGCUCCAGACUUGCCCGAGGAUGAAAGUGAAGACUUUCGUGAAGCCGAAGGUGCAGACCUUGUUCACAAUGGAAGUGCAGACUUCUCCGAAGCCGCCAAAGGUGCAGACCUUGUUCGAAAUGAGAGUGCAGACUUUCUUGUUCGAAAUGAAAGUGCAGACUUUCUCGAAGUUAAGGGUGCAGACCUUGUUCAAAAUGGGAGUGCAGACUUCCCCGAAGCCGGGAGUGCAGACUUUCAAGACUUCUCAAGGACAGGAAGUGCAGACUUCCAGAGCAUUGUACAGGGGUCGGACCAAGAAGACGACAUGCUCUUCGAGUUGCCUGAGUUCCAAGAGUUGGCAAAUAUCGAGGGCUUCCCGAUGAAGAACGCCGAUGAGGUCGAGGGAUCGCAAGCGGGUGGAGCCGAGGAGGAUGAGGACGAUUCCGAGAAUGGUGACGCAGCGAGCGUGAUCCAGGGUUUCCAAGCACCCCUACGCAAUGUCGGGCCACCCACAAAUCGAGGCAAGAAAGACCGCCGAGCAUUUGAGUUGCCCAUCCGCGUAUGGAUUCCUAGCAACGCCUCCCAAGGUGCCUGGAAUCCAAUCGACACGCUGAGCAACGCAAUCCAAGCCAAGCUUCGAAAGAAGCUGAACGAGGUGCUGCGAACGAAGAAGUCUAAGCCCCUCUGGGCUCGCUGGACCGAUCCUAUCAACGCUCCUUCGCAUUACAACCAAUGCAUUGCCAAUGGUCUCAUCUUGAGGAAGGGUCGAAAGUACGCCGAGAACCACGAAGCAUGCGCAUGGUGUGUCAAGAAACACCUCCUUUGUGCGUUGUUACACGAAGCACCUAUGGGGCAGAGCAUCUUCGUGGGCAUCCUUCCCCUAGAACGUGGUCUACGAGUUGGCCAAGAACCCCGGCAGAUAAGCUACUGGAUAGAGAGGGAUGCUACAUACGAUGAUAGCGAGGGAUGA